AUGACAAGAAUUAAAAUACCUUUCGCCAAUGUGGAAGUCAAAAAAAUUGUUGAUGAUAAUAAGCCAACCAAUGCAGAAGGCUUAGAAUUAAAUGUUAGUCCAGUUUCACUUAGCGAGUUUUUCGAGAAAGUGCCUCCAAAUUCAUGUCUAAAUACGAUAAAUCUUGUUUUUUUUGAUGGUGCUGAAAAAGAGAGUUAUAAUGAAUUACUGGAUGAGAAAAAAUUCAGAUUUGAACUAAGUUUUGAGAAAGAAAAAGUUAAUUUUUGUGUACUUGGAGAGGAGGAAAAAGAAAUAGAUGAUACUAAAAUAGAAAUUGAUUAUUUAAAAAAAGAUGGUGCCAAUGAUGUUUUAAGAAUUUUUUUCAAGCCCCAAUUUGCCGGAGUAGUUAAAAUUACUCACCGAGGUUCCGAGGAAAAGGAUGAUGGGGGAGGCAACCAAAAUCCUCCUUCUGACAAUUCCAACGAUAACCAGCAAAAAAUAAUUGAUCUCCAAAAUCAAAUUAAUGCCUUGGAGGAAAAAUUAAGAAAACAACCUACUUCUAAUAACAGUUCAGCAAAUAAGCAAAAAUUAGAAAGGUUAAAGUCUGAAAUUGAAGGAUUGAAAAAGAAGCGAAAAGGAAAACAAAACGAAGGAGGCAAUAAAAAAAAUGAUUUCCCUACUGGAUUAGUUAUCGGUGGCGGAAUACAAAUUAUUACGGAAAUACUUCGCAAAAAUAAUUAUCAGCCAAUAAUUUUCCCUACUUUUGAAGCCCAAGAAUUAUUUACUAGUUCUUUGGGUUCUACCACUGAUAUUAUUAAUAAGGAAAUGUAUAAUUUUUUGGACAAAAAAGGGAGAGAAUUAGCCUUGCGGCCGGAGGGAACCGCCAGCACGUUAGGAGUGGAAUUAGUCAAUACCCGAGGAGUGAUUGCUGACUAUCAAAUAUUAAAACUGAUUGCUGAUAUCUUAAGUGGUUUAGGAAUUAAAAAUUUCACUUUCAAUUUAAAUUAUUUAGGAGACUACCAAACCAAAGAAAAAUACAAAAAUGAACUAAAAAAUUUGGUUGAGAAAAACCACCCUGACUUAUGCGAGGAUUGCCAGAGGAGUGAAAAAGAUAAUAAUUAUAUAAAUGAACUCAACCAAAUACUCAAUAAAUUUAAUUUUCCUUAUCGAUAUGACUAUUAUUUAGUGCGGGGUUUGGAUUACUAUACCGGCUUAGUUUUUGAAGUAGACUUAGGAACUGAAAAAGCAAUUUUAGGAGGAGGUAGAUAUGAUAGCCUUUACCAAGAGAUAGGAAAUAUCAAUUUACCAGCCAUUGGUUUUGCGGUAGGAAUUGAGAGGUUGGUAGAUUAUUUGGAGGAGAAAAAGUUGUUAAAAAUUGACCAUAAAGAAUUGGCACAAUUUUCCCUCACAAUGGACUAUAAUUCAGAAGUUAAAAAAAUGAAACAUUUAGCCAAAAUUAUUGACUAUUAUCAGCCAAAAUUAUUGAUUAUAUUAGGAGAAAAAGAAUUAAAAAGUGGAAAAAUACUAAUAAAAGACUGUCAGCAAAGACAAGAGUUUUUAGUGGAAAAAGAAAAAUUAGUAAAAUGA